CAAACAUAAUAAUGUAAUUGUAAACAUAUUUUAGGCUGCAAGUACAACAUAAACAAUGAAAAAUAAAAGAUUAAUGCAUCCGCGGAAUAUUUUCCGAACACCGCCAGAUUACACAGCACUAGCAAUCAAAUACAAAGACUUUCGCAAAGUUUGCAAGCUGGAGCUCAAUGGCAAGGUGUACAUAGACUAUCGUAAUGAAGCUACAUUGCGUGCGCUCACACAAAUGUUAUUGGAAGAGUUUUUUCAACUGCAUGUCGAAUUUGCACCUGGCAGUCUUGUGCCUACACUGCCGCUACGUUUGAACUACAUACUCUGGCUGGAAGACAUGAUCGCGUUACUUAAAUUGCCUGCAGAGGAAGUAAUACGCGGUAUAGAUAUAGGAUGUGGUUCUUCCUGCAUCUACUCACUCCUGGCAGCGCGUAAAAAUGCUUGGCACAUGCAUGCGCUCGAGUCAAACGAAAGCAAUCUCACAUUUGCACAGAGAAAUGUGGAAGCUAAUAAACUGGCACAGCUGGUGGAUAUUUUCCAACAGACCGAUAAGCAAAUAAUUUUCGAGGACUUCUUUAAUGCCAAACCGGAUGUCAACUUUCAUUUUUGUCUCUGUAAUCCACCAUUUUACGAUUCUUCAUUACCAAAUCCUUUCAAAGCCACAACAAGAAAUGACAAACGUACACCGCCGCACAAUUGCCAUACGGGCCAUAACGAGGAGUUGGCUUGUGAAGGCGGUGAAGUGCAGUUUGUCCAGCGCAUAAUUGAAGAUAGUGAGCUUUAUCCACAACGCGUUCGCAUUUAUACAACGAUGUUGGGWCACAAAAGUAGUGUUUCGCGCGUUAUGGAGAUUUUGUCUAAGAAACUUAUUACGAAUGUGUGCACUACGGAAUUUUGUCAAGGCAACACGACACGUUGGGGUAUUGCUUGGAGUUUUAGUACAGAUUUCAAACUUCAUAGUGUAGCAAAUUGAAGUCAAAUUUUAGAUAGUAAAAAUUUUGUAUUUAAUAUUUAUGUAAAUAAUUCCCAUAAAGGCUAGCGAACUAAAGUGCUAUAAACAUAAGAA